GAUGACCCCCGGCAGAAGGUUCGUCUGAACACGUUCGGUUUCUUCACCAAUGGUUACAUGAAUGUGACGGUCAGCGGCCUCUCUAUAAAGGGCAAUCACAACCUCCUGGAAGUCAGGAAUUGGCUGUUCGGGUUCAGUUUGGACCGGACCAAGAAUGAUGGAUUCUCCACAUAUCUGGACCAGGAUAUCCAUGACUGUAUCCUGAAGAAGAUGGACAGUCGCCCCAAAGAUGCCGCCCUCCUGCAGCUCAACUUCUCAGAGAAAAGCGUCUGUCUGAGCACGGCCGACGCCAACCUCCUGCCCCAAAUCACCUUCACCAUCCCCCCGAAAAUCACCAAAGACUCUGCCCCUCAGAACUCGCCCGAGAAACCCCAGCCUACAGCAGCACAUAAAGUGCGCAGAGACACAGAUGCCAAAGAUUCCAAGACAGAGAAGACAGAAGAGUCCAAACCGAAUGCUAAGGUGAAGGAUAAUCCGGUCCCCGAGACCAAGACAGAGAAGGAGAAGGUGCAGAAUGAUCCGGGCCCCAAACCCAAAGAAGACGAUAAGGGGGACCCCAAGCUGGAGAACAAGGAAGAACCUAAAGCCCCGCCCAAGGCGGACCCCAAAACUUCAAAAAGUGACGGCAAAGAGCAGCUGAAAAACUCAUGUUAUCCGAUGAUGGUGGAUAAGGAGGUGGCCUCGUUUCAGUUCUCAUUCAGCGUCAGUAAGCCGGAGUUGGAGGGACAGUACAGCCUCUAUUUCCACAGCUGUGCCAGUGAGAACCGGCUGGACCAUCCCUUCAGUCUGGAGAUCUCCAUCACUGAGAAGAAUCCUGACAGCUUCUUGUCUGCAGACGAGAUCCCUCUGCCCAAGCUCUACAUCUCCAUGGCGCUCUUCUUCUUCAUCUCCGGGCUGGUCUGGGUUCACAUCCUCCGGAAGCGCAGAAGUGACGUGUUCAAGAUCCACUGGUUGAUGGCGGCGUUGCCCUUCACCAAGUCCCUUUCUCUGGUGUUCCACACGAUCGAUUAUCACUAUAUUGCGACUCAGGGAUAUCCGAUCGAGGGCUGGGCGGUGGUUUAUUACAUCACUCAUCUGCUGAAGGGGGCGCUGCUGUUCAUCACCAUCGCUCUCAUUGGGACGGGCUGGGCCUUUGUCAAACACAUCCUGUCCGAUAAGGAUAAGAAGAUCUUUAUGAUUGUCAUCCCGCUGCAGGUUCUAGCUAAUGUGGCAUAUAUCAUCAUCGAGUCCACAGAGGAGGGGACGACAGAUUCUGGGCUGUGGAAGGAGAUCCUGUUCCUUGUGGACCUCAUGUGUUGUGGCGCCAUCUUGUUUCCUGUCAUAUGGUCCAUCCGACAUCUUCAGGAAGCUUCAGCCACAGAUGGGAAAGCUGCCAUCAACUUGGCGAAACUGAAGCUUUUCAGACACUACUACGUGAUGAUCGUCUGCUUCAUUUACUUCACCCGCAUUAUCGCCUUCCUCAUCAAGUUGGCGGUGCCAUUCCAGUGGAAAUGGAUGUACCAGCUCCUGGAUGAAUUGGCCACCUUCGUCUUCUUCGUGUUAACCGGGUACAAGUUCCGUCCGGCGUCGGACAACCCGUACCUUCAGCUUCCCCAGGACGAGGACACGGACGAUCUGGAAAUGGAGGCGGUAGUCACGACCACAGGAAGCACGGAUGGCAUCAAGAAAGUGAAAAAGGUCGUGAACGGGUCGUCGGAGCCUCGCUCAGAAUGGGAGAACUCUGCCUGAACAGAUGGACUGACCGCCUGGAUUUUAAUUUAUUAUUUACUCCUAUUACACAUACAGAGAAGCGGGUCACUGAGAAACCAUGCACCUCCACCCUUCCUGCCGCACCUGGUGCCCUCCCCCACUCCAUACAGACAGUACGCAGCCCCUCCACCUCUGCUGGACACCAGUGUACCCCACCUGUCGAAGACCAAUCCGGACCCAGUACGACCGACUUUCAGAAAAAUUCCUGGAAUUAUGAAUUUGCAACUUUCAAAACCAAUAAAUCUGAUACGUUUUGUACCUCAUUGACCAGGAAGCUUUGGGCCAACAGGUGACUAUACGCGUGGCCCUGUGGUGGCUGCAGGAUGCGGUUUGUGAACUCCGGGGGAAUCAUUCCCCUUUGCAGACACUUUGUUAGGUCACCUGCGCAGAUCCCCCCCCCCCCCCUGCGGCGAGAAGAAGAUAUUACUCCUGUAAAUAGGAUUAUUUUCAUUUUGUAGCAAAUCUAUACUGUUUCUAGGAAUGUCCUCUGGGAUCGUACUCUGGGAGAUGAUGCAGAGCUGUGUAUAUUGUGCUUCCGGGACCCCUGCUAACUCUUUCAGUACUGUCCGAUCCGUGUGAAGACGUUGCUGUAGGAAUCUCUGCUACCAGACAGACAGAACGGUCACUAGACCUAAACUAAAGGGGCUGUGCAGAAUUAGAAAAACUGCACCACACCUAUUCACAGGUUGUGCAUAGAAUUGCAGCGUGGCCCCUGUCGCUUAUUGUCACAUAACCUGUGUGAUGGUGCUUUUUUUUUUUUAUAAACAGUCUUGGUUUAAAGGGGGUGUCUGGCAAUGAAACAACUGUCUAAUAAAUGAAUAUAUAUUAGUAACUAAAGUUAUUUACUACCUCUCUGUGGUCUUUCAUGCUUUUCUUCUGCUUUAACAAACUCUGCUCUUAGCCCAACGUUGUGUCUGGUUCACAUCUUGUAACGAACUUCCUAUUCCUGUGUGCACUCUAGCCGGAAAUUCAGCCAAUCUCCACUCCACUACGUUUUUUUCUUUUACUAUAACUCCUCCCACUAUGUAGAGUGGGCUAAAUUCCCAGCUGGAGUGCACACAAGAACAGGAAAUCUUCAACCCAACAUCCUGUCUGGUGUUCAUCUUGUAACAAACUUCCUGUUCCUGUGUACAGUCUAGAUGGGAAUUCAUCCAUCUCUACAUAGUGGAAUGGGUUAUAGUCGUAGUGUAGUGGGAGGGAUAUAACGUUAGCUGAAUUUCUAUCUAGAGUGUACACAGGAGCAGGAAGUCCAUUAUAGAAAAUACACAAGACAGGGCUGAAGCUGACAUUGCAGACAGUUUGCAUCAAAAGCAGAAGGAAAGCAUGAAAGGCCACAGAAAAGUAUUAAAAUAACUUUAAUAAAUGAGCAUAUAAUGGUAAAUAAAGUUUAUUUAUGAACUCUCUGUGGCCUUUCAUGCUUUCCUUCUACUUUUACAAGCUCUGCUCUGUUGUCUUCAGCCCAACGUCCUGUCUGGUGUACAUCCUGUAACAGACUUCCUGUCCCUGGGUACACUCUAGUUGGGAAUUCAGCCAACUCUACUUAGAGGAAGGGAGAUAGAAUUGGCUAAAUUCCCAGCUAGAGUGCACACAGGCACAGGAAGUCCAUUACAGCACGUACACCAGACAAGACGUUGGGCUAAAGACAACAGAGCAGUGUGUGAAUAAAUAGAAGGAAAGGAUGGAAGACCCCAAAUAGGUAGUAACAUGAUUUACAGAUAUAUGUUCAUUUAUUAGAGGGUUGAAUAUAGGUUUCAUUCGCAGAAACCUGCUUUAAUCUUUACAGACAUUCUUGGGUUCUGUCUCUGGGAAUGCUGGGUGAUGACUAGUAUAACUGCUAUUGGAGCUCCACAAGGAGGCGUCACUCAGCUUCUCCUGACUCCUGAAUGACACCGUUGUCUCACUGGGCAGGCGUUGAAAUGGAUCACUGCAUAGAAUGUAAAGUGGACGACUCCAGGAUUUGUUUGCUAUGGUGGGAAAUGCCCCAAAUGAUACCGUAGGACAGUGUUUCCCAACUGGUGUGCCUCCAGCUGUUGCAAAACUAUAACUCCCAGCAUGCCCGGACAGCCGUUGGCUGUCCGGGCAUACUGGGAGUUGUAGUUUCGCAAAAGCUGGAGGCACACCGGUUGGGAAACACUUUGGUAGUUUUUUUUUUUUCUGUUUUGAGGCAUUAGCGCAAAUACGGUAGGAAAACUUAACCCUUUCAGUGCUGCAAUUACAGCAGAUGUCUAAAGGGGUUACUUAACAUUCAAAACAUGGGGGAAGGUGUGAAUGGUAUAGAUGUCAGCCAUGUAUAUACGGUAGAAAGGAUUCGGAUGAGCCUUGUCAGCUGCUGCAGAACUUCUUAUGAUCAUCGUCAGGUCAGGUAACUGUUAGGUCUGCUCAAUCCCUAUUAAAGGAGGGUUCGUUGUUAAAGUAGUAAUACACUUUGAUUCGUCGCAGUUUUCCCGAUUUCUUCUUGCUGUCAGUGAAUGGAAAUGCUCAACAUAACAUUCAGGCGCCGUAUGUCUGUAUCUAUCUCUAAACAAGGCGGUUUCCAUUCAGUAUCAGCAAGCAGAGGUUUUAAGGAACUGGAAAUGUUGCAGAACUUUUUGUGUUUCUACAAUGAUUUAAAGGAGAACUCUAGUACAGGAUAGGGGAUAAGUAGCUGAUCACAGGGGUCCGACUUCGAUCCUGUGAAUAGGGGAUAAGUAAAUUUUUCCUGGAGUUCUCCUUUAAGCUUUAUUCACACGAACCUCCCCAGUAAAAAAAAAAAUUUAAAAUACACCUGCGUCUGAUUUCGGGUAAUGGACCAAAGGGUUAAAACAGUUUUCGGCCAGUUGGGUUUUUUUGGUAUGAAGGUGUAAGUUUUGGGGCAGUUUGGUUUGGGGGUUUCUUUUUGUUUUUUGUUUUCCAUCCAUUUACCUGUAUUAAUCAUAAAACUUUUUCCCCAGUGCUGAAAGGGUUAAAGUGUGGGGUCUGAAGAUGCGGCUAUAAGUGCGAGUGUUUUAAUGGUACAUUUAUUUCUUUUGUGAAUAAAAAAAAUAAAU